AUGUCUCUCCUCACAGCUACAACAACCCAGACCGCCUCGGACAUGAGCUGCCAACAGAAAUCUGAGCUUUUUGGCAAAUACGCCCUUGAGAUUAAUCCCGCCUUGCAGCUGUCCGACACAGCUAUCCGCUCUGCACUUCUCACCUUCGCAGAUCAGUUCCUUCGCCUCAACCAUGCCCUGUUAACACAUCUCGUGUUCGGAGGCAGUGUUGCUGUGCUGCAGACCUACCUGAUCGCCAAGGAUCUGACAACAAAAUCGGCUGCACUCCUGAGCGAGACUGCGUGGUCGGCGUGGAACUCGAGCCAAGGGAGGCGUUUGCGAAAGAAGCUGGAGUUCGAGUUCUUCGUGUUGAUCCUUGGCUGUGGCAACAGCCUUUGCUUGGCUGUCUUUUGGCCGGGUUGGUUUAUCAUCGGGUUGAUUUACCUGAUGUGGAUGAUGGUCAGGUUCUUGGCUGGCUGA